AUGCUCAUCAUGCUACCCAAGACAAUGUGGUCCUGGGCCAUUGAGGCCAACGGCGAACCCCACGAGGCCCUGAGGCUGUCGCAGGUGCCGAUGCCGCCCUCGCCGCCCGUGGGAUCCAACCUGCUGAUCCGCGUGACGCACGCGGCCAUCAACCCAGCCGACACGUCGCUCUUCACGGCGUGGAUCCCGUUCCGGGGCCGUCCGGGCUUCGACUUUAUCGGGUCCGUGGUCGGCGUCGGGCCCAAGGUGCCCGUGCAGAUCAAGCGCCUCAUGUCGGGCAUGGAGGUGGUGGGCGCCCUGGGCCUCAGCCAGAUCCUCUGGGGCGCCGGCACCCUGGCCGAGUACGUCCAGGUCCCCGCCGAGCUCGUCGCCCUCAAGCCCCCGAACCUGACCACGGAGCAGGCCCUCGGCUGCGGAAUCGCGGGCCAGACGGCCGUCAUGGUCAUGCGCGAGGCCGACGCCGUCGACGGCCUGCGCGUCCUGGUCAAUGGCGCGAGCGGCGGCGUCGGCACCAUCCUGGUGCAGAUCCUCAAGGCCAAGGGAGCCCAUGUGGUCGGAGUCUGCUCCAAGCGAAACGAGGAUCUGGUGAAGCGGCUGGGCGCUGAUGAAGUGAUUGAUUAUACGGCGCACGACGACCUACAUGCCUAUCUGGCAGACACUUACGCAAGUCAACAAUUGGAUCUAAUCAUUGACUGCGUUGGCGACAAUGCACUUUUCACCAGCUCCCCGGCAUAUUUACAGCCCAAGGGCAGGUUCAUUGAGAUUGUGCCAGGUAGAACGCAAGGCAUAUAUCCUUUCAUUAUGAACCAACUGAGACCAGUGAUUCUCGGUGGCACUCCGCGGCAGUACAAGAUACUCGGACUCGCCCCCUCGGGCAAGUAUGCCCACGAGCUGGCUCAUUGGAUUGAAGACGGCCUCGUGAAGGAAAUCUUGAUUGAUUCUGAAUACGGCAUGAAGGAUGUGGUUCGCGCAUACGAAAAGCUCAUGACGAGAAGAGCGACUGGAAAGAUUAUCAUCAAGAUACAGGAUUGA